GACACUCGGUGCACUUUGAUUGGAGGAGGAGAGAGCGACAGCAAGAGUCGAUCUGCAGAUGCGGAACAGAUCCGUCGAUGGACGGAGAGUUUGAAACGUAUUUUCCUGCAGGAGUUUACGGAUAGCUUAUUCUGUGUCACCUCAGCGUAAAAGAUGUGUACGUCACUGGUCGCGUGUUUCGCGACGUUUAUCGCGGCCGUUCACGCGUUCAGUCCGAAUAUCGACAGCGAGUUCACGUUUGUUCUGCCCGCGGCGAGCAGAGAGUGUUUCUAUCAGAGCACUGUCAAAAACGGAAGCAUGGAGGUCGAGUAUCAGGUGAUUGCUGGAGCAGGUAUGGAUGUUGAUUUCUCCAUCACAUCUCCUCAGAGGAUCCAUUUGGUCUCAGAGUAUCGCCGAUCUGAUGGAGUCCACAUGGUGGAGCCAACAGAGGAAGGAGACUACCAGAUCUGCUUUGACAACACCUUCAGUAGGUUCUCUGAGAAGAUGGUCUUCUUCGAGGUCAUCCUGGACAGCCCAGCCAAUGAUGCUGCAGCGGACGAUGAAUGGGCGGGGCUUGGAGAGUCCGAGAACAUAUUGGAAUACAAACUGGAGGACAUACGAGAGUCCAUAGAGUCGGUUCACCGGCGAUUGGAACGUAGUCGUCAAAUGCAGACGUUCCUGCGGGCAUUUGAGGCACGUGACAGAAACCUGCUGGAGGACAACUUGUGGCGGGUCUCCUUCUGGUCCUGUGUCAACCUGAUGGUCAUGUUGAGCGUGGCGCUGACUCAGGUCUACACAGUUCGACGUCUGUUUGACGACAAAAGGAGAGUGUGCUCGUAAACACCCGCCAACGACUCGAUGCCUGGUCAGAUACGCACGACUGUAGGCGCACUUGAGAGAGAAAAACAGAUUUGGAUAUUCAGAGAGAACUCAGUGCCUUUACUUUUUGGUUUUGCUGUAUGGCUUGUUCCUCUGUGUGGAUUCUCAUUGGACACUGGAGGUCAUUACAGCUAUAUGACACCUAAUGAGAUUCAAGUGAACUGUAGUGGUAAAAUAAAAACUAUGCUUUAACCGUUUGUUAGCACAGAUGAAAGUGAUAGAUUUUUUUUAAGUUAUACAUUUGCUUUGGGAGAUUUGUAGUUUUUCAGUUUCAGAGAUGAAUGUGAUGUGUUCAAAUAACAAAGGGAAUAUUCUGUACAGCUGUUUGCUUUUGUAAAGACUUUUACACAGUGAAACAAAUAAAAUUGAUCAUAUAUUUUUAUGUA